UAUAUAUACUGCUCGCCUGCUGCCUGCUGCUUGUCUCCGCCUUUUCCCCUGCUCAUCCCAUCUAAUCGUCUGGUUCAAUGGCCUUUCCCACGAAUGUAGACGCUGAUCCAGAUCCGACAACACAGAUUCCAUGGCCGGGCGCACGAAAGCGAAGCGAUGACCGGCUGGAUCGCAGAACCAGCUCGACGCGGCGCACAGACAGUGGUCACGAUCGGCCCACGUAUCCAGAGACUGACUCAACGUCGACUGCCGUUGAGGAUGAGCCUACGAAGCGUCGGAUGUCGACAAUGGAUUUAUUUAACAUCAGUAUCUCCAUGGCAGGAGCGCAGAUCGCCUGGUCUGUCGAACUAGGGUAUGGAACACCGUUCCUUUUGUCACUGGGCCUGUCCGAGCAGUUGACGAGCCUUGUGUGGUUGGCGGGGCCAAUUUCGGGAUUAAUUGCCCAGCCAGUGAUAGGUGCCAUCUCUGAUUCGUCGACUUCCAAGUACCGUCGAAGAUAUUGGAUUACUCUCUCGACUGUCGUACUGUCGGUGUCGAUGCUCGUCUUGGCUUAUUGCCAGGCCAUCGCAGCUGUUUUCGUGGACAUAUUCCACGGCGGUGCGGGAGAUUGGGACCCUCAACGUAACGCUCAAGUGUCCAACACAGCAAUUGUAUUAGCUGUAGUCUCGUUUUAUCUUCUGGAUUUUGCUCUGAACGCCUUGCAAGCAUCACUUCGCAACCUCCUUCUCGAUAUAACCCCUUCUUAUCAACUCAAUGCCGGUAAUGCAUGGCACGGCAGGAUGACCCAUGCCGGGAAUAUUGUUGGGUUUGGGUUUGGUUUCCUUCCCCUUGCAAGAAUGCCUAUCCUCCGCUUGCUUGGUGGCGACCAGUUCCGCAAAUUCUGCGUUGUCGCUUUGGUGAUUCUAGUUGCAACUGUGUGGGUCACUUGCUACACGCAAGAGGAGAAGGAGCGCCCGGCGGCUGAGAAGACGAAAGGGAAAUUCGGGGAUGUAAUGAACAAUAUUUACAACGCUAUUGUCAAUCUCCCCGGACCCAUUCGACGCGUUUGUUACGUGCAAGUAUUUGCAUUCAUGGGAUGGUUUCCGUUUCUGUUUUAUUCGACUACAUACGUAGGCCAAGUCAUGGCAUACGAGCAGCAGACUGAGCCAGAUAAAGAUGUCGCGACUCGGACCGGAGAGUUCGCCAUGCUCAUUUAUAGUAUCGUGGCCGUUUCUGCGGGCACCAUACUCCCUCAUCUAGCUCGUCGCGACGCGCGCUUGCUUGCUGACGCUGAAGACGUUGACGAUAACGCAGAAAUGUCACGCCUUCGACAGACUGUGCGCGCGUGGCAAUUGGAAGCGGCAAGGAAGGGGAAGCCUCUGCGGCUUCCAAUCAUGCCUUUCCUACUGCGCAACAUUUGGACUGGCGCCCUACUGCUCUUCUCGUUCAUCACCUUUUCGACUUUCUUCAUCACCCGCGUCUGGCAGGCAAUCGUCGCCAUCAGUUUUGUGGGCAUUUGUUGGGCGGUGGCGUGCUGGGUUCCUUUCGCCAUCAUCAUGGAGUUCCUCAAAGAGUUGGACGAAGCAGCCAGCGCACCGACUCCAACGAACCUUGAUACACAACCCCGUCCAGAGAGGCGUCCUUCGCACACGCGCGUUGUCUCGACUCCAACCGUGCGCAACCUUCAGCAGACGGAGCGCCAACCCUUGCUUCGUCGGCGCUCUUUCGAUGAUCAUAACGGCAAUGCGGUGGACGACGCGACCACCCCUAUAGCAGGCGGAACCAUUCUAGGCAUUCACAAUCUAGCCAUCGUAUUCCCGCAAUUCAUCGUUGCGCUCGUGUCCAGCGCUAUCUUCCAAGCAGUCGAUGCUGAUAUUAACGACGGUACCGACAGCGGUACCACUUAUUUGGGAAAGAACGGAGUUGCAUGGGUUCUGCGGUUUGGUGGUCUGUGCACGCUUUUCGGUGCCGUGAUGUGUCGCAUGGUCCCUCCAACGAAGACCGAGAAAGAGAUGAGGCGCCGGCUUGGAGAGAUGAGAGAAAUGAGGAGGGAGACUGCCGCGUGAUGAGCACAGUAUCCAAAUUGGAUUGGAGUUCCUCUGUCGAGAUACUUUUGCUCUACGUUGUUGUACAACAUUUUUCUACUUCUUUGUUUUGGGUCCACGUCUCGUCUAAUGCUGUAAGGCUACAUGUUGUCCUAACUUGCUAUGAUGCACAUAGCAUAAUCCCAGUCGCCGUGUUGGUUGGUCGAG